CUUCUUGCGUUGCGUGCUCUGUUAAACGUAUGUUAAAUGUAAUGUGGUUGAAUUACUUUUGACGCUCCGACGUCGAUCGAAUAUACAAACAUUUUGCGACAUUUCAAAAACAAAAUCAUGUUUGGGCCCGCACAAACCACAACGAAUCGUAUGAACGACUUCGAGGUGGCCUCGCCGCCCGACGACUCCGUCUCCGCGCUCGAAUUCAGUCCGAGCACACUACCCAAGAAUUAUUUAAUUGCCGGCAGCUGGGAUAACAGCGUCCGCUGCUGGGAAGUUGAACAAAAUGGAGCCACGGUGCCCAAAUCGAUGAAGUCGAUGGGUGGCCCAGUGCUGGACGUAUGCUGGUCGGACGAUGGCACCAAAGUCUUUAUGGCCUCCUGUGACAAACAGGUCAAACUGUGGGAUCUCGCCUCCGAUCAAGUAAUGCAAGUGGCCGCCCACGAUGGGCCAGUCAAAAGUUGUCACAUGGUUAAGGGACCAAAUUACACGUGCCUCAUGACCGGCUCCUGGGACAAAACGCUCAAGUUCUGGGACACACGCACUCCCACACCCAUGAUGGCCAUUAAUCUGCCCGAGCGUUGCUAUUGCGCCGAUGUGGACUAUCCCAUGGCCGUGGUGGGCACAGCGGGUCGUGGCCUAAUCAUCUACUCGCUGGAGAACAGUCCCACCGAGUACAAGCGACAGGAGAGCCCGUUGAAAUAUCAGCAUCGCGCCAUUGCCAUCUUCAAGGAUAAGAAGAAGACGCCCACGGGUUAUGCGCUGGGCAGCAUCGAGGGACGGGUGGCCAUACAGUAUGUGAAUCCAGUGAAUCCCAAGGAUAACUUCACAUUCAAGUGCCAUCGUUCGACGGGCAGUUCGGGUUUCCAGGACAUUUAUGCGGUCAACGAUAUUGCAUUCCAUCCCAUUCAUGGCACGCUGGUCACCGUUGGCUCGGACGGCACCUUCAGUUUCUGGGACAAGGAUGCACGCACCAAGCUCAAAUCUAGCGAAGCCAUGGAUCAAUCAAUUACAAAAUGCGGCUUCAAUGCCAAUGGUCAGAUAUUCGCGUAUGCCGUCGGCUACGAUUGGUCCAAGGGCCACGAAUACUUCAAUCCCGCCAAAAAGCCACAGAUCUUCCUGCGCUCCUGCUACGAUGAACUGAAACCGCGCGUCAAUUGAUCGGAGGCGUGCUUUGGCUUUGGCCACAACAUGUUCUGCGAUUAACAAUAUCAAUAUAUCAAGAGCAUCAAUAUACAUAAAUCGUAUCACUAAA